CCUCAUUUUAUAUUGUCCUGUCCAUCCUCCGUUCUCUUUCUCUGUAAGCAUUUUUUUUCUUCCUCAAAAAUUCAACUUUCUCUCACUAUAUCUAUGUCUCUAGUUUCGAUGAUAGCAAAAAAAAAACAAAAAAAUUCAAUCAUAUAGGACCUUAAUCCCCCCAAAAAAUCAGAACCCCAGAAUCAAUUUAUGUUCUUGUUGUUUUCUUGGAUCAUGUAAAAAAGACCCAUUUGGAUUUGGAUCUUGAUUUGGGGAUUUGAUUGUAUCGGGUUUUGAUUGGAAUUCGGGUUUUUCAGCCAUGACCCGCCGAUGUUCACAUUGUAGUACCAACGGGCAUAACUCAAGGACUUGUCCUAAUAGAGGUGUGAAGUUGUUUGGGGUCCGAUUGACUGAUGGGUUGAUUAGAAAAAGUGCUAGUAUGGGUAAUUUGACCCAUUUUGCUAGUGGAAGUGGAGGUGGUACUACACCUCAAAACGGUGUCGUUCAUGACUCACCUGGUGAUACACCUGAUCAUCCUGCUGCUGGUGGUGCUUCUGCUGAUGGUUAUGCUUCUGAGGAUUUUGUAGCUGGUUCUUCAUCUAGCCGUGAAAGGAAGAAAGGGGUUCCCUGGACUGAGGAGGAGCAUAGGAUGUUUCUACUUGGUUUGCAAAAACUCGGUAAAGGUGAUUGGCGUGGAAUUGCUCGUAACUAUGUUAUUUCUAGAACACCCACCCAGGUUGCAAGCCACGCCCAGAAAUAUUUCAUCAGGCAAACUAAUAUGUCAAGGAGAAAAAGACGCUCCAGUCUGUUUGAUAUUGUUGCUGAUGAAUCAGGGGACACUCCAAUGGUAUCAAGGGAUUUCCUUGCAGAUGAUCCUGCUCAAGCCGAGAUGCAAAGCAACAAUCCAUUGCCUCCUGCACCUGCUGUGGAUGAAGAAUGUGAAUCAAUGGGCUCAGCAGCUUCUGCCAAUUCCAUGGAUGGGGAACAUACUCUUCCUAUACAAGAAAGCUCACAAUACCAGCAUCCACUUGUUUAUCCUGCUUAUGUCGCUCCAUUUUACCCGAUGCCUUAUCCAUGUUGGCCAGGUUACACUGCAGAGCCAGCAAUAGCAGAGACCCAUGAAGUUCUGAAGCCUACAGCUGUUCAUUCUAAGAGUCCAAUUAAUGUUGAUGAGCUGGUUGGUAUGUCGAAGCUAAGUUUAGGUGAAUCCAUUGGUGAUGCUGCCAAGCCACCUUCUCUGUCACUAAAACUGGUCGAGGGCUCCUCGAGGCAGUCAGCUUUCCAUGCUAAUCCAUCAUCUGGUAGCUCAGGCAUGAAUCCCGAAGGAACUGAGCAACAGUAAACCGAUGCAGCCAAUUCCACUUUAUGCAUGCAAUUCGAGCCAUGCACCAAGCUACUGUGCGAAUAGCAGGUAUGAUAGAGCAGGUCGAAUAAUAGUAGAGAGCCCAACAUCACUGGACGAUGUUUUGGCAUCGUACUAUGCAGAAUUUUUAGCAUGGUUGGAGAUGUGAUGUUUAGAAUUCUUGGAAUAGUCAGGGACAUGUUUGUUGGAUACAUUUUAAGUGGAGAUUUAGCUUUCCUCUGCUAUUUGAGUUUGGAGAAAUCCCCCCCACAAGUGUUUAGGAAAAUGAAUGCUAGGAGGGAAAGGAAAGGAAAUCCUAGCAUUAAAUUGGGUGAACUAUGGAGGUAUGCAUUGAAGACACUGAAAAAGUGGUAAUAGAAAAGAAGUCAUCAUCUUGCAAUAUUUUCCAUAAGUGAAAUAGUCAAGUUGUGCGCAAGCUGAAAAGAUGUUAUACGACACACUAAUCAAUGCGCUUAGGAAAAGAUUUAUUGAAGUGCAUAGUUGUAUUUGGCAGAAAGAGUUACCUGGUGCAUGUGUUGGUGGGAUAGUGGGACUUGUGAAAUAGUCAAGUUGUGUGGAAGCAAGCUCUAGUUCUGGAUCAUCUAUAUGAAGAAAAACUGAAGCUGUGAAAUAGAGAAUUAAGUCCUCUCUAGUAAAAAAUAUCAAAAGCCAUAGAUUAAAUAUGCAGGCGCUUAUUAUUAAGUUAGCAUUGCUUGUUUACUUAAUUGUUACUAUAUUAUUUAAAUUUAGAGAAUUACUUUUAAAUAGGCUUGAACAAUUACAGUAAAAUGUGAGUUUAUAUAUAAUU